GUUCAAAUAUAGGUGGCGGUAGUAGAUCGUACCGCAUUUGGAAUCUGUCGUAUACACGUGUGCACGGUGCAAUUAAAUAGUAUACACAAACUUGAAAUUUGUUGAAGGUAUGUCGGAAAAAAUGGAUCAUGAAACAAUGAAUGAUACUGAAGAUGAAAGCAUGGAUAAUAGUAGCGAGGAUGCGGAAAGUGAAAAAAUUACAGAAAAUGAAAACGAAGAUCAAAACGGUAGUAAAAUAGAAUCAAAAGUGUAUUUACCUGGACAACCUUUAGAUGCAGAGGAGGAACUUGUUGUCGAUAAAUCUACGUAUCGUAUGUUGCAUCAUGCACAAUCUGGUGCACCGUGUCUUAGCUUUGACGUAAUCUUAGAUGAUCUUGGUAGCGAUAGAGAAACUUAUCCUCUUAGCAUGUACCUGGUUGCUGGUACCCAGGCUGCUAAAGCACAUGUAAAUAAUCUUCUUGUCAUGAAAAUGUCAAAUUUGCAUGGCAUAAAAGAUAUAGAUUCGGAAGAUGAAUCGAGUGAUUCUGAAGAUGAAAAUAAUGAACGGAUUCCUGUUAUGACGGUUGCUCCAAUUAAACAUCAAGGGUGUGUUAAUAGAGUAAGAUGUACACAAAUUGAACAUACAACGUUAGCAGCAAGUUGGAGUGAAUUAGGUCGAGUAAACCUUUGGAAUUUGAAUGAACAAUUAAAAGCAGUUGAUAAUACUGCGUCGCUUCUUUCGUAUCGUAAAAGAUGUGAGAAACCUGAUGGUGGUGUAAAACCAUUGUUUACUUUUAAUGGACAUCUUACAGAAGGAUAUGGUCUUGAUUGGUGUCCUACAGAAAAAGGCACAUUAGCUUCUGGAGACUGUAAGGGUAAUAUACACAUAUGGCGCAUCAGUGGAAAUGAUACUAGUGCAACUUGGCAAGUCGAUCAAAGGCCGUAUAAUUCACAUGCACCAUAUAGCGUAGAAGAUAUUCAGUGGUCUCCUAAUGAAAGAAAUGUUUUGGCUUCUUGUUCGGUCGAUAAAAGUAUAAAGAUAUGGGAUACAAGGGUCAGCCCACAAUCCGCGUGUAUGCUAUCGGUCUCUGGAACACACACUGCAGAUAUUAAUGUUAUUUCUUGGAAUCGCAAAGAAAAUCAAUUCCUUGUGUCUGGAGGAGAUGAUGGAUUACUUUGCAUAUGGGACUUGAGGGAAUUUAGUCCAAAUGGAUCAACUCCUCUUGCAACUUUUAAACAACACACCGCACCUGUAACAACCGUAGAAUGGCAUCCUCAAGAAGCCACUGUGUUUGCAUCAGGUGGUGCAGAUGAUCAAAUCGCGCAAUGGGAUCUGUCAGUAGAAGUAGAUCAUUCGGAAGAAUCCAAAGACAAUGAAAUAACAGAUUUACCUCCACAGUUAUUGUUUAUACAUCAAGGUCAAACAGACAUUAAGGAAUUACAUUGGCAUCCACAGUGUCCUGGUACUAUAAUAUCGACGGCACAUUCUGGGUACAAUAUAUUUCGUACUAUUAGUGUCUAAUGAAUUUAUAAUUUUAAUUAUAUAUUGUCAAAAUAUUCAAAAGAAUAUACUUUUUGUAAUUUC